GCGGGAGUGGAGUGCACCAGUCCCUGGAGGAUGAGGAGGAGGAUGAGGAUGAAGAGGAGGAGGAGGAGGAAGAGGAGGAGGAGCGAUCUCAGGGCAGCGUCCGAAUGCAGCAGCAGCAGCAGCUGCAGCAGCAGCAGCAGCAGCUGCAGCUUCAGCAGCUUCAGCAGCAACAGCUGCAGCUGCUGACCCCAGAAGACGACUUCCACAUCAUCCCCUCUGAGCCUCCAAAGAGAAAAGGCAUCGCGGUCCACCGCUCCCAGCCGCGCGGCUCGGCCCUCAAGAAGUUCCUGUGCCAGGACUGCGGCAAGGGCUUCCGGCAGGCGACGGACCUGGUGCGCCACCGCAGCCUGCACACGGGCGAGCGCAACGCGCUGUGCGGCGUCUGCGGCAAGGGCUUCGCGCUGGCCAGCGACCUGGCGCGCCACGGGCGCACGCACGACCCCGCCGGCGAGCGCUUCCCCUGCUCCGAGUGCGGCAAACUCUUCGGCUGCCGCCGCUCGGCGCUGCUCCACGAGUCGGCGCACUCGCGGCCGCCGCCGCAGCGGAGCCGGAGAGGAGGAGGGGGAGGAGGAGGAGGAGGGGGAGGGAGGCCGCAGCAACUGCAGGAGGAGGAGGGCAGACGCCGCUUGGCGAGGGCCAGGAAGCGCGACGCCGCCACCAACUCGGCCGUCGCCGCGGCGACCGCCGCUCUGCGCCUGCAGCCCGCGUAGUGGUAGCCCCCCCCCUCCUGCUCCUCCCAUUCCGAGGCGGAGGAGGCGGAGGAGGUGGGCAGAGAUGACGGCUCCACCGUCGCCCCGGGGCCAACUCGGCCUGCGGCCUUCGUAGUCGUGCCGUGGACGAUCGGACGCUCAGGGUCUCCUCCAAGAGGAGGAGGAGGUGGAGGAGGCUGACCACGGUUGGCGAGGGGCCAGCGAGCGCGACGGCUCCACCGCCGUGGCGGCCAACUUGGCCGUCACCGCCGCUUUGCGCCCGAAGCCUGCGUAGGAGGCCUCAGCUCGGGCGUGGACGCCGUGGUGGGUCGGGGCCUACAGGAGGAGGAGGAUGAGGGCAGGCGACGGCUCCCCCGUCGCCGCAGCCAACUCGGCCUGCAGCUUGCCUAGGCGGCCCCCGGUCCGUCGUGCCGUGGAUGGGCUGGACGGUCGCGGGCCCUACGGAUUUUGGCGCGGUCGGGCUACGUAUGUACGUACGGUGCGAAAGAAGUUGGACGUACGGGGGGGGCCUAGCAAAGGCUGCGGGGGUUGCCCUCGCAAAGAUUCUCCGUGGAGACUCGGACGGACUGCCUGGUGCUGCGAGGGACGAGCGAUCCCUGCCUCGGUCGCCCCUCCGCCAACCCCUUAGUGGACGCGAGGCCGACCCCGCCCACUCGUGUUCAAGGUUGUGUUGGGCCGAGGUUCCAGGGCCCGGGUCGAUACGGCCGGCCGUGAAAGCCGGGCGGGCGGGCGGACGCCAACCGCUAAGUCGUUCGUCGAAGUUGGGGAGACGGGACGUUUAAAUUAGCGAAAGCUGCUUUUAUCGUCGGCUCAACUAGGCCUCGGCAAGGCAAGGUAAUUUACCCUUUUUACCGGUAAAAAGGUACAGGGUAAAGGUGUCGACAUGCCAAGGGGUAAGGUAAAGGGUACAGGGUAAAGGUAGCUCGGAAGAAUUACCCAGUAGGGUAAAGAUAGCGCGAAGUAUUACCUGGUAAAUACGGUGCCUUGUUUACCGCUAGAAGCUCCGUGGAGCAGUCCGUGGCCUACAUUUAAAAAGUAAUAUUUAAACAAACUUUAUUAAAAACACGCUUUUAUUAAAUGUACUAGUAAUGGCAGAACUCCACGACUCCAGGAAGUGGCCCCGAAGCUUGCCAUAACGUAAGGGACCGUGGCCAAUUACAGCCAACGUCAGUUGAGCGUGGACAAUUAGACCCAAGCCGAAACAUAACAUCUAAAAAAUAAUGUUAAAAAAUAUAUAGAUUUUAUGAUAGAAUAUAGUCUUGUCAUCAGUAUGACCUAAGUAUACCAAGUUUGCAGUCGAUACUAUAUUAGAAAGUGGGUAAAAAUUGAGUUUUAAGAUUUGAGGAUACAACAAUAACGACAGAGUGAGUUAAAAGAAAGCGUGUAAAAUUUUAAUAAUCUAGAGUAUUCUAUAUGAAUAAAGCGCUCUGCUUAGCAUUUACCGUUAUAAACCUUGUUUAUGUGUAGUAGUUCCCUAGUAAUUACCCUGUAAUCGGGUAAUUUGUAUAGGGUAAGGGUAAAAGGUAGGGUAGAGUGAUUGUAUUGUGGUAAGGUAAAGGGUAGGGUAAAGGUAGACUUGUUGUUUUUACUUUUUAACUUUUACCUUGCCGAGGCCUAGGCUCAACGACGUUUCGAUUCUUGGUAACGCUUUCCCUGGGGGUGAUUUUUCGUUAAAAAAAAUAAUAAUUGGAGAGAGAAAAGACGCGGCUUGUAGUGGCCCUGUUCCUGAAGGCCUCCGCCCGCGUUCGGGAAGAAUCGUGUUACAAUAAACAAUCUAACGGCAGCAGACCCUCGAUCGUCUGCGCUAACGACGGCCGCGGAUAAUCCAACAGUGUUCAUUUCUCGCGGAUGUCUAUGCCAAAAAUCAAUCACGAGUUUAGAAAAUGGAGUUGGUUCAUGAACAAAACUACAAUUUGUAACAAUUAAUGUAUCCAUCUUGUUUUAUUGCAAAAGUCAAUUUCGAUUCGGGGGCGACCAAUCAGAAGACUCCGCCCACUGAGUGGAUGACAGCAGAACCACAGCCAAUCAGCAUCAAUCAAACUCUGCCCCACUGGAUGACAGAGCCACAGCCAAUCAACAUCAAUCAAACUCCGCCCCACUGUUGUAAAGAUAUGGCAACUACUGUACUGUAGAGGCGAUCAUGUGGAUUUGGUAUUAACCGGAACGUAUUUGUUGGGUUGAAGCACCGUUUGACUCGUAGUAAAUAUUCCCAAGAAUUGCAAUGUGCGGCAGCUUUUUAAAUUAUUAAGUAAUGGGCUGAAGGGAAAAUCCACGAGUUGUUACUAAUACCGUCAAAUUGUGAGGUGCGCGGUUAAUCCGCAAGUCGUAUGAACCGCACGCGGAUGAUCGAGGGUCUGCCGUGCAGGGCAAAAGCGCGGUCCUCGAUAACACCGCGAGAUGCUACACGUCGGGCCGAACAGAGGCAGCAGCAUCAAGAAGAAUCCAGCAGCAUCCCAAUGCCGCCUUGUGCGACGACGGUGGUGAUGAUGCUACGCCGAUGGUGGUGAUGCUACGCCGGUGGUGAUGCUACGCCGAGGCAGCCGCCCUGCAACCACUGCUGUGUUCCGACUGGCGCGCGACGUAGUUCCGUUCAACUCGGAUCGCGCGACAGAUCCAAUUCACAUCCGCGGUACAAAAACAGCGUUCCCGCAUUACAUCCAUCGCGCCUUGUCCAAUUCGCGUUGUGAAGACGACACACACGGCGUUAGAGCAGAAUAGACUGCAAACGACCAAAAGUAGAUGAUUCUAAAUAAAGUUUUUUUUGUGUUCGAUGGCUUUAGUCUAAAUGUCGUGUCGUUAACCCUCCAUUGCCAAGCCAAUUCGUGAGGUUGUCACGUGAACCAGACGUGGCAAUCGGUGACUGCAACAACCACCGCUGUUGGAGAGUAAAACCCACGGCAACCUUUGCAGUUGCAAAGGUUGUGGGUUAACAUUUAGAAAAAGGAUACCCGAAAUAGUUUUUUUUUUAUCUGUUAACGAGUUUAAAGGAUUCAUAUUUUUGGUUCUUUCGGUAAAGUCACGUAGAAGGGAAAAAAUUUAAUAAAAAAUAAAAUUCUCACGUUUCGAUUGCAGCACAAGCAAUCAUCAAGUGUGAAAACCACAGCAAUAAUUUCUUAUAAUUUUCUUGCUGUGGUUUUCACACCUGAUGAUGAUUGCUUGUGUUGCAAUCGAAACGUCGUGAUAAUGUUGUUUUAUUUUUAUUGUUUUGCCUUUACGCGACUUUACCGAAAGAGCUGAGAAUAUGAUUCCCUGCAGUCACGAAAGCUUUAAAUCGGAGUUUAAAGGAGUAAUAAAAGUGAGGUUUGAGGCCUGGUGCGAGGUGCAACUGGGGCAAGAUGUUGACUCCCUCGCCUGGUCUACAGGAGGUCGUGGGUUACAUCCAGACCCGCUGACGCCUGCUGCUGUAUAUUUGGAGUUUACGUGUCUCUCUCAUCAUCAUCACAGUGGCAAGAUGUUAACUACCUCGCCUGGUCUACGGGAGGUCGUGGGUUUGAUCCCAACUGCUGUAUGUUUGGAGUUUGCGGUGUCUCUCAUCACAGUGGCUAGGAGAUGUUAACUACCUCGCCUGGACUACGGGAGGUCGUGGGUUUGAUCCCAACUGCUGUAUGUUUGGCGUUUGUCUCUCUCUCCGUGGUCGUCCUGUGGAUUUUUCUCUAGGUCCCCCCGGUUUUUGCCUUCCACUUUGAAAUCGACUUCACGCAUUUCGAGUAUUUGGCUGCGGCAAUACAUCUCCACGUGACGAUGACGACAAUAGCUCAGUGGGGCCCUUACCUGCUAAAUCGUCACCGUAAAAGGGGAGUUGGGGACUUUGCCCAGAUGUCCAAUUUCACCUCGAAAUCGGUGAUUUUCCCGGCCGCCUUCAAUGGAGGCAGCAAUGCAAACUCCCUCGCCGGUUUCCACUCCAUGGCUUGUAGGGCAUCUGUACGUAAAGUAUAUUUUACUGGUAGGAACCUCCUGGUUUACACCAGCCCACAGGGGAUUGUGUCCGUCCGUCGUGCAUCCAAA